UCCCGUUUUCCCUGCCCAUUGAAAUGGCGUACACCAUUCACCGGUCAACGCCAGACUAGUCCAACCUGACGUCUACGAACAUCUAUAAUUGCCGCUCUCUCCUUCCAGCCAAUUCAGCCCCUCUCUCUCUCUCUCUCUCUCUCUCCCUCUCUCUCUCUCAAACAUUCAAGAUGUAUCCCGAUAGCAAAGUUGAAGGCACGUACAUCCCUCAGCCUCAGCCAACAGCGGGAGUUCCCGUGUACCCUCCAUCGUUACAAGCCUCUGGAUUCCGAGUUCAAUCUCAGCCGCCGCCACCGGCGCAGUGGUCCACUGGCCUAUGUGACUGCUUCGACGACACUGGCAACUGCUGCAUAACUUGCUUUUGCCCAUGUAUCACCUUCGGCCAGAUCGCGGAGAUCAUUGACAAAGGAUCUACUUCAUGUGGAGCCAGCGGAGCUUUGUACACGUUGAUAUUAUGCUUGACUGGAUGCCAGUGCAUAUACUCGUGUUUCUACCGAUCCAAGAUGAGGGCCCAGUACUCGCUGCACGAGAGCCCUUGCAAUGAUUGCCUUGUUCAUUGUUGUUGCGAGGCUUGCGCUCUUUGCCAAGAGUAUAGAGAGCUAAAGAGGCGUGGUUUCGACAUGAAUAUCGGAUGGCAUGCGAACAUGGAGAGGCAAGGAACUAUAAUUGCACCGGUAACAACUCCACCCAUGGUUGAAGGGGGCAUGACUCGUUAAGAGUCCCUUGCAUAUGACUGAGUUAAAUAGGAAUAUCAAUUAUAUAUUGUUACAUUGUUUGUGUAUUAUUGAUAUUUGUAUUAUUGAUGUUCGCUUGUAAUAGUUAUUAUAUGGUACUGUUUUGUUUUGGUGUGAAAUGUUAGUUUUCAUUAGAAAGGAAAAAAACUGUACAAUGUCAAUGUAAAUUUUGCAGCAAAUCAAAACUAGAAAACUCUCAGUAACUUCAAAACUAGAA